AUGAUUUUCGACCCAAGCCCCUUAGACCUUCCAGCAUCAUAUGAGACAUUGCCAACAUCAGGGCAUGUUAUUGUUAAGCAUCAUCCAGCGGGCUCACCAAGUGUGACACCCGUAGUAGUGGUCACACUCAAUCGUCCCGCUAAUCAUAAUGCCUUCACUGGUAACAUGGUUGAAGAUAUCGAAAAGCUGUUCCCCUUAUUUGAUGUGGAUGAACGUGUCAAGGUUAUCAUCUUGACAGGCGCUGGCAAAACAUUCUGUGCUGGAGCAGAUCUUGAUAUAGGAUUUACUCGACACCUGGCAAAUGAGAGACCAGCUGAUCACCGCGAUGGAGGUGGACGUGUGUCACUGGCCAUUCAUCAUUGCCGUAAGCCAACUAUCGCGGCUAUGCAAGGGUCAGCAGUUGGUGUGGGCAUGACGAUGACUCUUCCCGCAAUUAUUCGAAUUGGCUACGCGAAGGGCAAAUAUGGAUUUGUCUUUGCACGUCGAGGAAUCACAAUGGAAGCAUGCUCAUCCUUCUUCCUGACUCGUCUAAUCGGUCACUCGAACGCUAGUUACCUGGUUAGCACAGGAGGCGUGUUCCCACCUACUGCAAAACAUUUCGGGGAUCUGUUUAAUGAGAUUAUGCCCGAGUCCUCUCAAGUUCUACCUCGAGCCCUGGAAUUGGCUUCGGAAAUUGCUGAGAAUGUCAGCCCGAUUGCAUCAUACCUCAAUCGGGCUAUGAUGUGGCAUGAUGCGGGUUCGCCUGAGUUGGCGCAUUUGAUAGAAUCGAAAAAUAUCUAUCACAUGUUCAGAUCAAAAGAUCAGAAGGAAGGAGUCACGGCUUUCUUCGAGAAGCGUAAGCCAAACUUUCGCGCGAAUUUGGAUGAUGAUGUACCUGCACAUGUGCCUUGGUGGACUGAGGUGGACACUGGCCGGAGCCCCAAGGCCAAGUCAGCAUCAAAGCUGUAA